UAGCACGUACUUCCUUCAAUCUGAAAUCUCUGUUGAUGAUGCGUUGUUGUCAAAAGUAUCGGAUGCUUCAGAUCUGGUCUAAAUUCUUGUUUUUUUUCAGGUCAGAAGGGGCCAAGAUUGGAAGUGCAUUGAAUGGUGCAUCAGUGAGUGCUUUACUUGGGCUAGCAGCUAGUAGUUUGGGGAUUAUUUCUUUUGAAUCUCCUGCUUAUUCUAUCCUAUUGGAGUUUCUGUUUCCAUUGACAAUUCCACUAUUGCUGUUUAGAGCUGAUUUGCGUCGCGUGUUUACGUCUACUGGGAUAUUUCUUCUGGCUUUCUUGAUAGGAACAGUUGGAAAAAUAGUUAGAACAGUAUUGGCCUAUAUCAUGGUACCGAUUCUGGAUAGCGUGGCUAUAGCAGCUGCAUUUCCAACCCAGUUCAAUCUCCUUGCACCAUCUGGUGAGGCUUUGGCUAUGAUUCUGAAGCAGGUUUCCAUUCAUCUUUUUGCGAUCCUCGGACUUGGAAAGCUAUUUCGAUUCGAUCAAAAGCCGUUGCUGAUUGCAUCAAAUGCUAAUAUUGGAGGCCCAACAACCGCAUAUGGAAUGGGCAAUGCUAAAGGGUGGAUCGAGUUCUUUGGUUGCUCCUGCCAUUAUUGCUUACAUUUUUGGAAAUUUUUUGGAAAUUUUUAUUUUCUUUGUUUUGGGAGUAACAGCUUGCUUAUGUAUUCCUAUUGUUCUUGCGCAUUAUCAUUCCCCCUUGUAUCCUUCGCCAAGAGGUGUUGCUGUUAUUAAUCACAAUAAUGAGCAUCAUUAGACCUGUGUGAGAUUAAUUGUUACUGCAAAAUUCUACCAUGUUUACACGAAUAAUUGAAUAAUAUUCUUGUAUAAUAUUUAAUUUCUUAA